CCUCAGCCCCCCGCUUGCACCGUCCCUCUGGACCUGCUCCUUGCGCACGGUGCCCCUGCAGACCUGCCCCCCAGCAGCCCCCGGCGCCCCUGCAGCCGCUUUCCAUGACUCCUUCUGGAAUUGACCGGCUGAGGAGAAGAGCUCGAGGGGCUGCCUGGGGCUCAGCGCCCCGACUGUGAUGGCCAACACCAGGAACUGAGGGGGCGAGCGCCACCGCCUCGGUGGGGGGACUCGGAGAGUGAUGGAGAACAAAGCCAUGUACCUGCACACCGUGAGCGACCGGGACACCAGCUCCAUCUUCGAAGAACCCUUUGACGGCAGGAGCCUGUCCAAGCUGAACCUGUGUGAGGACGGCCCACGCCACAAGCGGCGGGUGGGCGGCUGCUGUACCCAGCUGGGCUCCUUGUCGGCCCUGAAGCACGCCGUGCGGGGACUGUACCUGCUCGUCUUCCUCAUCCUCGUGGGCAUCUUCAUCUUAGCAGUGUCCAGGCCCCGCAGCCACCCCGAGGACCUGAAGGCCCUGACCCGCCACGUGAACCGGCUCAACGAGAGCUUCCGGGACUUGCAGCUGCGGCUGCUGCAGGCCCCGCUGCAGGCCGACCUGGCGGAGCACGUGUGGAGCGCGCAGGAGGCGCUGCAGAACCAGUCGGACGCGGUGCAGCUGCUGGCGGGCGCGGUGCAGCGGCUGGAGGGGGCGCUGUGGGCCCUGCGCGCCCGAGCCGCGCAGGCGGAGCAGGCGGUGGCGCUGCUGCGGGACCGCGUGGGCCAGCAGGGCGACUGGGCGCAGCUGGAGCUCUACCAGCUGCAGGUGGACAGCAACCGCAGCCAGCUGCUGCUGCGGCGCCACGCGGGCCUGCUGGAUGGGCUGGCGCACCGGGUGGGCGUCCUGGGCGAGGAGCUGGCCGACGUGGGGGGCGCGCUGCACGGCCUCAACCACAGCCUGUCCUACGACGUGGCCCUGCACGGCACGCGGCUGCGCGACCUGCAGGGGCUGCUGGGCAACGCCAGCGAGGACGCGCGCCGCAUGCGCAGGGCGCACCUGGACCUGGAGCUGCAGCUCAAGCAGGAGCUGGCCGUGCUCAACGUGGUGACCGAGGACCUGCGCCUCAAGGACUGGGAGCACUCCAUCGCCCUCAGGAACAUCUCCCUGGCCAAAGGGCCACCGGGACCCAAAGGCGACCAGGGCAGUGAAGGGAAGGAAGGCAGGCCUGGCAUUCCUGGACUCCCUGGACUUCGAGGUCUGCCAGGGGACAAGGGCACCCCGGGACUGCCUGGUCCCAAGGGCGAUGACGGGAAGCUGGGGGCCACAGGCCCAAUGGGCAUGCGCGGGUUCAAAGGUGACCGGGGCCCAAAGGGAGAGAAAGGAGAGCGAGGAGACAGAGCAAGAGAUGCUGGCGGCGUGGACGCCCUGACCAUCCGCCUGGUGAACGGCUCGGGCCCGCACGAGGGCCGCGUGGAGGUGUACCACGAGCGGCGCUGGGGCACCGUGUGUGACGACGGCUGGGACAAGAAGGACGGGGACGUGGUGUGCCGCAUGCUGGGCUUCCGCAACGCCGAGGAGGUGUACCGCACGGCGCGCUUCGGGCAAGGCACCGGGAGGAUCUGGAUGGACGACGUGGCCUGCAAAGGCACCGAGGACACCAUCUUCCGCUGCAGCUUCUCCAAGUGGGGGGUGACCAACUGUGGACAUGCGGAGGACGCCGGAGUGACGUGCAACAGACACUGAGGGGGGGGCUCAGCCCGAGGCCGGGGUCCUGCCGCAGGCUCCCCUCCGACGUGUCUCGGUCCCGGGCAUGGCUUGGGGCGUACCCUGGCCGCGCCUCCGCUCUGCCCAGUGCAGCACCCCCUGCCCCAUAGCCCUCUCCUGGGACCGUGGUGGCCUCUCUCACUCUCUUCCCAGCCCUGGGUCCCCGGUGCCCUGUGGGGUCCACUGCCUGCCCGUCGCUGCCACCAGGGCCCCCGCCUGGGGAGCCCUGGGCAGUUGGGACACCCGUGUGCUUCACCGUCUGAACGGCCAUUCAGAGCGUCUCGGUGUCCGUGUGACCUUUGAUCUUCUGGUUACAGAUGGAUGCCGAGAAGAUAGCAGGCAGAGAUGGAGCAUGGGGCGUAUGGCGGGUCGUUUACUCCAGAUGAUUCCCAAGCCUCAGUUAGGCCAAAAGUUUCCAUGCGUGCCUCCUCGAGAAGUGGCAGUUCUGAGUAACUCAGUUUCUCCUCUGUAACUCUGCCUCUUCAGGCUGUUGGUUAGUCUGGGGAGGUGACAGAGAGGAGGAAGCAGUCCUAGGAGCCAGAGGGGAGAGCUUGUCGCUUGCGGAAACCCCGCCGGAGCUGGAGAAAGGGAGCGAAGGCAGCAUUUAUUGAAUCACUACCCUGUUGUGCUAAAUAGUAUCCUGGGUGCUACAGUCAUUUACCCACUUGGCUGUGUUGCUACAAGUCAUGUCAGGCAGGGAACGGCUCUGCCUUCACCUAGCACUCGCCUGGCUGGUUUGCCUGGCCUCUAAGUCAGAAGACUGAGAGUGACUGAGACUCGAUUCCUACCUGAGCCCUGGUUUGUCCUUCCCAGGCCUGAGCAAGGCGCUGGGGCAAGAGACAUGGGCAGCGAGAACCGUGUAUUCUCCAAACCCUACAGUGUGCGAGUUCCAGGUCAGACACAGGGCUUCCGGAUCAUGUGUCCACCAGGGAGGAGGAGGGCUGAGCGGGAGGGCUCCGUGGAAGGUGGCCCACGUCCGCUGAGUUCAGUGCUUGUCCCUCAGGGUAAGGGCAAGUGGCCUAGGCACCUCCCAGGCCCCCGAGGUGCACCCCUGGGAUGAUGCCCGGGAACCCACGUCCUGAUGGAUUCUAAGGGGGUGGAAGCCAGCGAGGAGUCCUCGGACCCUCUGAGGGGAAUGGUUUAGAGGGAUCACGAAACAUGGUCAGACCAUAGCACGUGAUCACCUGUCCAGUCAGGGGAGCACUCUUCCUUGCCCGGGGAAAGAGAGACCAGGGCCCUCCAAGCGAAUGUCCAGCAAAGGCCGUGGCUCCCCACGAAGCCAAGGUGAGCGCUUGGUCAUCCUUUGUUGCUAAUACGCUUUUCCCUCACCGCUGUCGUCACGAUCAGAGACUUUGCUUCCGGCCGACCGCUAUGUCUCCACUGCCCACUUGCGCGUGGCCGUCCUCACAGCCCCCAUACGUAUGCAUUUAUCCGCAGAGCCCUCUGGAAAUCAUAGCUCGGCACACUGCAGGUCUGCGCUUCCACACACCAAAGCCACUAAAGGUGCAAAGGCGUCACUGAGCACAGCCCCCGAUCCGGGCACACAACGCAGUUACCCCACACACGAAGCCCCACGCGGCCUUCUUAGGUGGCCGUGUGUUCUUUUGGCACCACCCACCCUGUUUCAUGUCACAUCCAAACAGUGCUGAAAAGUGUUUGACCCUUAAA